AUGCAAUUGAGUUGGUUUCUACAAUUACUCUUAUUUUGGUGCCAUCUGCACCUUGUAUCUGCUUUUGAUCGGUCAGUGCUGAAAACAUGCAGCUCCGCGGGGUUCUGUAAGAGAAACCGUUACUAUGGAGAAAGUAUCCAGGGAAACAACACGUCAUCCUCGUACUAUGUGAUUGAUGAAUCUAGCGUUCGAUACGAUGGAGACGAGUACAGUCUCCAUGCCAACGUUAUAAAGAGUAUUCCUAGUGGUAUCAAGGUUGAAUUGCCAUUUACUUUGCAAUUGUUGCAAGAUGGUAAUGUUGUCAGGUUUACUAUCGAUGAGAGCAGACCCCACAAGGACUAUUUGCCAAAAGUCUUGAACCAAAGAAGGUACAACGAGACUAGUAAGUGGGCAUUUGCUGAUGUUCCUUCGAAAGUCCCCAUUGCCAAGCCUAGAAAGAUAGGAAAUAAAAUUAUUGUUGGUUCUAACUCUACCGAUUGCAGAGUUGAAAUUUCUCUCGAUUCUUUUCUCAUCAAUGUGUAUUGGAAGAAUGAAUUGAGUAUGGUAGUUAAUGAAAGGUCCUUUUUGAACUAUGAACAUUUGAGAUCUGAGGAUGAGAACUCGAAGAAUCUGUUGCCCGAAGAAUCGGAUUUUGAUAUGUUUCAUGAUAGUUUCAACUAUUCUCAAUCAGACACCAUCCCAUUUGGUCCUGAAUCUGUUGCAUUGGAUUUUACAUUCAAUGAAUUUGAGAACUUGUAUGGAUUGCCAGAACAUCCUGCUUCAUUCAGAAUCGAAGAAACUUGUGGCGGUGAACCAUAUCGUUUGUUUGCAGCUGAUGUUCCUCGUUAUGAUGUCGGUACUAGGAUGCCCACAUAUGGUAAUAUUCCAUUCGUCAUUGGAAAUAACGAAAAAUCAGCUGCAGGUUUAUUUUGGGUCAAUGCUGCUGAUACUUGGAUUGACUUUAAGUAUCCUGAAGGUAAAGCACAAUCUCAUUGGAUGUCAGAAACUGGUAUCAUUGACGUUGUGAUGUUCUUGGGAGACACACCAAUGGAAAUUGUCGAUAAAUAUACAAAUUUAACCGGUAGACCUGCCUUGCCCAAGGAAGCCGCUGUAGGCCAUCAUCAAUCCAGAUGGAAUUAUUACAAUGAAUCUGAUGUUAUGAAUGUUGAUUCCAAUAUGGAAAAGGGUAAUUUCCCUUAUGAUAUCAUUUGGUUAGAUUUGGACUAUACCGAUGAGAAGAAGUUUUUCACUUGGAAACCUGAUGCUUUCCCAAAUCCUGCCAGAUUGUUGAAGAAACUGGGUGAUUUAGGUAGAGGAUUGGUGGUUUUAAUUGAUCCUCAUUUGAAAAAAGAUUAUUACUACAGUAAUACAGUAAUUAAAAAUGAGGUUGCGAUAAAGAAUCGUACUGGUGACACUUUCUUUGGUACCUGUUGGCCAGGAGUUUCUGUUUGGAUUGAUACUUUUAGCGACCUUGGUAGUAAAGUUUGGGGGAACUUUUAUAAUAAUUUCGUCAAUGGUACUGAAAACCUAGGUAUUUGGAAUGAUAUGGAUGAACCAUCUGUCUUUGAUGGUAUUGAGACUACUGCGCCUAAGAAUUUGAUUCAUGCCGGUGGAUUCGAACACAGAGCUCUUCACAAUGCUUAUUCUUUGACCGUUCAUCAAGCCACUUAUAACGGGUUGUCCAAUAUUUUCAACGGGACUGCAAGACCAUUUGUUCUUACUAGAAGUCAUUUCGCUGGUUCUCAAAGAACUGCUGGUACUUGGACGGGUGACAAUGUUGCUAGUUGGAAUUAUCUGCAAAUUUCCAUCCCCAUGGUGUUAACUAGUAACGCUGCAGGUAUGCCUUUCACUGGUGCUGACAUUGCAGGAUUCUUAGAUAACCCUGAAGACGAAUUAAUUGUUAGAUGGUACCAGGCAGGUUUAUGGUACCCAUUUUUCAGAGCUCACGCUCAAAAUGAAACAAGGAGAAGAGAGCCUUUCUUGUUCAAAGACCCUAUCAAGAGUUAUGUGCGCAAUGCGAUCCAAUUAAGAUAUCAUUUGUUGCCCACAUUCUACACUGCAUUUUUCAAUUCAAACCUAAAAGGUUCGCCAAUUAUGAAACCAAUGAUCUUUGAAAAACCUAAAUACACUAACUUUGCCGCUGUCGAUGAUCAGUUCUAUGUGGGCGACAGUGGUAUUCUAGUGAAGCCAAUAACUGAAAAAAAUGUUUCCUUUGCAUACGUUCAAGUGGCGGAUGGUGUUUACUAUGAUUUCCAUGAUUUGAAACCUCAACAGACAUCCUCUAAGAAUGAUUCCUCUGGAAUCAAGUGCAUUGGUAUUGAAGCAGGUUUGGAUAAAAUCCCAGCUCUAUUAGAAGGUGGACAUAUUAUUACGAAGAGAGAUACCUACAGAAAAUCCUCCGUGUACUACCGUAAUGAUCCUUAUACGCUGGUUAUUGCACCUGAUGCAUUUGGUAAUGCUCAAGGUGAAUUGUACGCUGACGAUGGUAAGACAUGGGAUCACAAGAGUGGCCAAUAUUUGCACAGUGUAUUCUCAUUCCAAGACUUCAAGUCCAUUUCAGGAAAUACAAGUAAUGUUCCAUCCAAUGGUGAAGCAGCCGGUAACACCUUGAUUGACAAGAUCGUCAUUGCUAUUGGUAACAACAAUUCUAGUAUUGGUGACACUGUCAAGGUCAAUAGAAAUGGUGAGCUACAUACAGUCAAUGUCAACAAGACUAGUCCAUUUGAAGCUGUUAUUUCAAAUCCAAUGGUUUAUGCUAAUGAAACCUGGAAAAUCGAAUUAUAA